UUAUUUAGAUUUUAUCAAGCAAAGAGUAAUAUAACACAUUUUCAAGGAGGAAAAAAAAUAAUUACAAAGUAGAAAUGAAGGUUGUUGAAGUUCUUCACAUGAAUGGAGGAAAUGGAGACAUUAGCUAUGCAAAUAAUUCCUUGGUUCAGAAAAAGGUGAUUCUCAUGACAAAGCCAAUAAGAGAUCAAGCCAUAAGUGAUCUCUAUUGUAACCUAUUCCCAGAAACAUUAUGCAUUGCUGAUUUGGGUUGUUCUUCUGGAGCGAACACUUUUCUAGUGGUAUCAGAGCUUGUUAAAGUCGUUGAAAAAGAACGAAAAAAACACGAUCUACAAUCACCAGAGUUUUAUUUUCACUUCAAUGAUCUCCCUGGAAAUGAUUUUAACGCGAUUUUUCGAUCGUUAGGGGAAUUUGAACAAAAUUUGAAAAAACAAAUUGGAGAAGAAAUUGGUGCAUGUUUUUUUAGUGGUGUGGCUGGUUCAUUUUAUACUAGACUUUUUCCAUCAAAAAGUUUGCAUUUUGUUCACUCAUCUUAUAGUCUUAUGUGGCUAUCUCAAGUUCCUAAUUUAAUUGAAAAGAACAAGGGGAACAUUUACAUGGCAAGUACAAGUCCACCAAGUGUUAUAAAAGCAUAUUAUAAGCAAUAUGAAAAAGAUUUUUCAAUUUUUUUGAAAUAUCGUUCAGAAGAAUUGAUGAAAGGUGGAAAAAUGGUAUUAACAUUUUUAGGAAGAGAAAGUGAAGAUCCUUUUAGCAAAGAAUGUUGUUAUAUUUGGGAGCUUUUAUCCAUGGCUCUUAAUGAAUUGGUUUUAGAGGGAUUGAUUGAAGAAGAGAAAGUGGAUUCAUUUAAUAUUCCUCAAUAUACACCAUCACAAGGAGAAGUUAAAUAUAUAGUUGAUAAAGAAGGUUCAUUCACUAUAAAUAUAUUGGAAACUACAAGAGUUCAUUGGAAUAAUGCUUCUAAUAAUAUUGAAAAUAUUAAUAAUGAUGGUUACAAUGUGUCAAAGUGCAUAAGAGCUGUGGCUGAGCCUUUGCUUGUGAGCCAAUUUGAUCCAAAUUUGAUUGAUUUAGUCUUCCGAAAGUAUGAAGAGAUUGUUUCCAAGUGUAUGGCUAAAGAGAAUACUGAGUUUAUAAAUGUCACUGUCUCCUUGACCAAGAAAAAGUAAGAACGAUUAAUGUUAAAGGCGAAUCUAGAAUAAGUCUAGUAAAUUUGUGAGCCGUGAAUUUUAUCUGAAUUUAAAUUAGUCAUGAAAACUAAUUUCCUUCAUUUAUUUAGCAUUUUAUAUGUGUGUGGUGUAAGUGCUAAUUUAUGUAAUUUUGUCUAAUGUGCUUUUAACUAUGCCUCUCCAAUAAAUCUUGUUCCAAUGGAAUAUAUCCUAGUGUAUUUGGUAUUCAUGAUCAAUGGAGAAAAUGAUGUUGUGUUGUUUUUAUUA